AUGGCGGGGCCGCCGGUGGCGUUGCCGCCGGUGCUGCUGGUGGUGGUGGUGGUGGUGGUGCUGGUGUCGGGGGUGGAGGCCCUGUCGAACGGGCUGGCCCUGACCCCCCCCAUGGGCUGGCUGCACUGGGAGCGCUUCCUCUGCCACACGGACUGCGGGGACGAGCCGCUCGCCUGCGUCAGCGAGCAGCUGUUCAUGCAGAUGGCCGACAUCAUGGCGUCGGAGGGCUGGAAGGACGCGGGCUACCAGUACAUCUGCAUCGACGACUGCUGGAUGGCCCCCACCCGAGACGAGGACGGGAGGCUCCGGGCGGACCCCGUCCGCUUCCCCAGCGGGAUCCGCCGCCUGGCCAACUACGUUCACUCCAAAGGGCUGAAGCUCGGGAUCUAUGAGGACGUGGGCAACCACACCUGUGCUGGUUACCCCGGCAGUUUCGGGGCCUACGAACUGGACGCCCAGACCUUUGCUGACUGGGGCGUGGACCUGCUGAAGUUUGACGGGUGCUAUUGUGACAGUCUGGAACACCUGGCCGAAGGUUACCGGAACAUGUCCUUGGCCUUGAACGGGACCGGCAGAAGCAUCGUGUACUCCUGCGAGUGGCCUCUCUACCUGAGACCCUUCCAACAGCCCAAUUACACAGAGAUCCGCCAGUACUGCAACCACUGGAGGAAUUUUGGCGACAUCUUCGACUCGUGGGACAGCAUCAAGAGCAUCCUGGAUUGGACGGCCUCCAACCAGGACAGUCUCGUCAGCGCGGCCGGCCCCGGGGGCUGGAACGACCCCGACAUGCUGGUGAUCGGCAACUUUGGGCUCAGCUGGGACCAGCAGGUGACUCAGAUGGCGCUCUGGGCCAUUAUGGCCGCCCCGCUGUUCAUGUCCAACGACCUGCGCCAGAUCAGCCCCCAGGCCAAGGCCCUGCUGCAGAACCGGGAGGUGAUCGCCAUCAACCAGGACCCUCUGGGCAAGCAGGGCUACCGGCUCAGCAAGGAAGACAACUUUGAUUUGUGGGAGCGGCCGCUGUCCAACCUGACGUGGGCCGUGGCGAUGGUGAACCGGCAGGAGAUCGGGGGCCCUCAGCGGUACAGCCUCCCCCUCUCCGUCCUCGGCAACGGGCUGGCCUGCGACCCCGCCUGCCUCAUCACGCGCCUCCUCCCCACGAGGGCGGAGCUGGGGCUGUUCAGCUGGGUGGACAUCUUGAGCCAGCGGGUCAACCCCACGGGCACCGUGCUUCUGCGGCUGGAGGCUCCCGCGCAGUCAAGGCGGGCGCUGAGCGGCGGCCGGCUCCCGCGGCCCAUCCUCUAAAUACCCCGGGACCGCCCCCAUCUACGCUCCCGCUGGCCGGGAGGUCCCCUCGGCCGCUGUGGCCGCCAGGGACCCUUUGCUCACUGUUCAAGUGGGGCUUCUACGGUGCUUUAAAAGCCAUGACCUCAACCUGAGGAACUUGUCUUCCUUCUGCCGUUUACUUCCUUAAUGCAAGGAAUGGCGGUCAAGUAGAGCCCACCCCGCUAAGCUGAUUCCAUCUCAGCCGAUUUGAAGUGCCCAUCAAGGGACAAUCUGGAUCUCACCCUUGGCCGCAGACUCCUCUGAGGUCACCUGUGCUGCUGCUCUGUCUCUGAUGGUUCUAGGCCCUUCCUCUGCUCAACUCUCCCCGCUCAGAAUUGAAAUUUAGAAAAUGUAGGAAGCAUAGGACAGAUGGUUGGUUCCUUACAGUGACACAGCUGUGCUAUUCCGGCCCUCCUCGGCCCUGUCCUUCCAAGCAUUGUCAGUUGCUCAGGUCUGUUGUCCCCAGCUCAAGGCUGGGGCCCAUCAGGAUUGUGAAGGCUUGGAGGGAUCAAUUGGAUUUAUUGAGCACUUACUGUGUGCAGAGCACUGUACUAAGUGCUUGGGAGAGUACACUAUAACGAUGGUGGCUUACUGUCUUUUAAUGAGUGCAUCCACAAAUCAGAAAGGGGGAAAUUAAGAGAAAGGCCAGUUGAAGUGCCUUUGUAAAUGUUUACCUAGAGGGGAGGUUGGAGAGCCUUGAUUUGUUACAGCGCCGCUAUUACAAUCAACUAUGUGAAUAGAAAAAAAUACAAGUCGAUCAUAAAGUGAUUCAUAAUACUGUU